AUCAGCUCCAAAAAUUGACGCGUCACGCGUGUGUGAACCGUAUCUCACAAAUUACGACUACACCCUCCACGCGUGCAAAACCAUUUGGUUCCAAUCUAAUGGUCGUUUCGUAAAUAGCUCAACAUCUAACCCCAAUGAUCUUUUAUAUAUACACAUCUAUCCAAAAUAUCAUAAAUAUCUCAACAUCCAUAGUUCCUCAAAUUUUCACAAAACCAUUCUCCACUUCUUUGAUCUCUUAAAGCUUUUGCGCCAUGUCUGGUUACCCUCCAUCGAGCCAAGGUUACGGUUACGGCGGAAAUCCACCACCGCCUCAACCUUACGGAUCCUCCGGCACCAAUCCUCCGCCGUACGGAUCCUCAACUUCAUCUCCGUACGCUGCUCCGUACGGAGCGCAGCCUCCACCUUCCUCCGCACCAUACGGCGCACCACCGUCCUCCGCGCCAUACGGUGCACCACCGUCCGCCCCGUACGCGUCUCCUCCAGGAGAUCACAAGCCGCACAAAGACAAACCUCACGGCGCUUACGGAUCUCCCGGUGGUUACGGUGCUCAUCAAUCACCUGGACAUUCCGAUUACGGUGGUUACGGAGCUCAGUCGGGACAUGGAGGGUACGGAGCUCCUCCUCCUCCGCAGGCUUCUUAUGGAAGCCCGUUUGCGUCCCUGGUCCCGUCGGCGUUUCCUCCGGGAACGGAUCCGAACAUCGUGGCUUGCUUCCAGGCCGCGGAUCGGGACAAUAGCGGCUUCAUCGACGACAAGGAGCUUCAGGGGGCUCUCUCUUCGUAUCAUCAGAGUUUCAGCUUAAGAACUGUUCAUCUCCUUAUGUAUCUCUUCACCAACAGCAACGUCAGGAAGAUCGGACCAAAAGAGUUUACUUCGCUUUUCUUUAGUCUACAGAGUUGGAGGACCAUCUUUGAGAGGUUUGAUAAAGACAGAAGCGGCAGGAUCGAUACAAACGAGCUGAGAGAUGCACUCUUGAGCCUCGGGUUCUCGGUGUCUCCUGUGGUUUUGGAUCUCCUGGUUUCAAAGUUCGACAAAAGCGGAGGCAGGAACAGGGCUAUUGAAUACGACAAUUUCAUCGAGUGCUGUUUGACUGUAAAGGGGCUGACUGAGAAGUUUAAGGAAAAGGAUGUGGCGUUAUCAGGAUCAGCUACAUUCAACUACGAGACGUUCAUGCUCACUGUUCUACCAUUCCUCGUCGCUUAAGUGCGUCUGCCUCAGGCUCGCCGUUCUUUUCCUUGUUAUUGCCAUAUGAGCUUUUGGAUUUUUUGUUGUUGAAUAAUUUCAUUUUACGUUUCUCGUCGUUGCUUUUGUAAGAUUUGGAAGUUGGAAUCUUAUGGAAUAUAAGUUUGACUAUUUGAAAUUGACUACCCAUCCGA